UUUCGACUGUUACGCAGAUUGUUCGUAUCGUUCGUGUGCUGUGCCGACUGUGCUGUGCUGUGCUGUGCUGUGCCGCCCGUGCUUGUGCCCUGUGCCUGUGCCUGUGACUGCCUGCCGCUUGGGUUUCGUCUGCUGCGCGCCGUCGCUUCAGGUUGUGCUGCCUGUGUGCCUGUGUGCCUGACUGCCUGCCAGCUCCUCCGCAUUGGUUCGUAUUCCGACAACACACACGACUCUUCGGUCUGGUCUCCAAACUCCGGCUCCAACCCAUCAUCGUCGUCGUCUUCCGUUGCCGCCGCCGUCACACAGCCGUCGCGGAUUUGUGCAUCUCCACUAAGCCGUGCCCGUGCCCGUGUACGUGCCCGUGUACGUGCCCUGCCGUGCCGUGCCCCGUAGUACUGGAUUGCUAUUUGUGGCUGCAACUGAAACUGAAACUGUAACAACGCUCGAGCCGUCGGCAAAGUGUCUCGCCGCGCCCCCACACAGUGUGCAAAAACAUCCCACAACAAAUACUGAGACUCCGUCGCGCCAAUGUGCUAAAGCAAAAAAAACAACAAAAUAUUCAACCAUUAAAAGGCAAUUGUGAAAUAAUUAUACAUAAAUGAAAUCCCCACAAGUAUUCGACAUGCAAUCAGCUCACAGCUAAAGUUUACAACAAAACAAACAGCACCAACAAAAUCACUUAUCGAAUUAUUUGGCAGUGCGUUAGUUUGCCCGUGAAUUUGAGAGUUCUAGAUCUAGAUCGGGACUUCCAGAAUACUUUCAAGUUUAAGUUAAGAGCGAGUAAAAAAUAAAUAUUAAAUGACAGUGCACAGUAAUGAAACCGGUAUCUGUUUAGUAAUGAAUGCCGUUUCAACUCACCUUGCCACUUCAUCGCCCAACACACCUCCAACCAACGCGCCGUCGCAGACCCCUCCGUCGACGGUGGCGACACUAGCUUGCCCCGCCAACCAGCAGCCAUUGGGUACGCCCGUGUCCGGGCCCGGUCACAGUGGCAUGGUGACGUCUACGGUGCCGCAGGGAGCGCGCUCCACCUCGCCAUGCGGUGCGGCAGCGGGACUGCCGGCACUGCCCGUGCUCGGCCAGCCGCCACCGGGACAGCCGCACUCAUCCGGUCCACAGCCACCGCCCGCCUCUGCCAAUCCGAAUCGCUGCUGCGACACGGGUCGCACCAUCUACACGGAUCCCGUCAGUGGUCAGACGAUCUGUUCCUGCCAGUACGAUAUGCUCAACUACCAGCGGCUGGCGGCGGCGGGUGGCGUACCGCUCGGCGUCUACCCCGAGGGCAUGUCUGCAUACCUUUCGGGCAUUGCCGGCGAUCAACCUCCGUUCUACGCUAAUCCGGCUGGAAUCGAUCUGAAGGAGAACCUUGUGGCCGGCGCAUCACCCUGGCCAUAUCCAUCGAUGUAUCAUCCAUAUGAUGCGGCAUUCGCUGGCUAUCCAUUUAAUAGUUAUGGCAUGGACUUGAAUGGGGCUAGACGUAAGAAUGCGACCCGCGAGACAACAUCCACGCUGAAGGCCUGGCUGAACGAGCACAAGAAGAAUCCGUAUCCCACCAAGGGUGAGAAGAUAAUGCUGGCCAUCAUCACCAAGAUGACGCUCACCCAGGUGUCCACGUGGUUUGCCAAUGCGAGAAGAAGACUGAAAAAAGAAAACAAAAUGACGUGGGAGCCAAGGAAUCGUGUGGACGAUGAUGAUGCCAAUAUCGAUGAUGAUGAUGACAAGAAUACGGAAGAGAAUGAUUUGUUAGAUGCUAAAGAUUCUGGUGUGGGUUCUACAGAUGAUAAAGACCGUUCCGGACGCUUGGGUGAUAUGAUGACGGAUCGACCCGGCGAGAGCAACAACAGCGAGUGGUCCGAGUCGCGGCCUGGCUCGCCCAAUGGCUCACCCGAUCUGUAUGAUCGUCCAGGCAGCAUGCCGCCGGGCGCCCAUCCCCUGUUCCAUCCUGCGGCGUUGCAUCAUCACUUCCGCCCGCCGGCGGGCUCACCGCCAGACAUUGCCGCCUACCAUCACCAUCAGCAGCAACUGUUGCAGCAGCACCAGCAGGCGCAGCAGAACUCCCUGCAGACAGCCGUCGGGGGUACGGCGAAGCCGCGCAUUUGGUCGCUCGCCGACAUGGCCUCCAAGGACACCAGCAAAGAGUCCAGCUCGGCGCCCAAGGAUGGUCUGGACAGAGCAGAGCUGCCACCGUCGCAUCCGGGCUUCUAUGGCCACCCUAGUCAGCAGCCGUCGCCGGGCAAGAUCCUCUCCCCGCUGGCUGCCCGCAUGCCCAACUAUUCGCCGUAUGUGCGGCCCGACCUGUACCGCGGCUUCUACGGUCCGGCGGCGGCGCAUUUGAGUGCUCCCACGCAGGAGUUCCUCGAGCAUCAGCGCUCCUUCAACGCCAGUUUGGCGGCGCACAAUGGUCUCGGCAUGAAUCCGCUGCUGUGGAAGGCAGCCGUCUCGGGAGCGGCCAAUGGUCCGCACUUUGCACCACUCAGCCUGACGACGACGGGCGGUAUGGUCGGUGGGCCGCAGCAGCUGGCACCGCCGCCUGUGGCAUCGCCGUCGGCCUCCAGUUCGUCCUCAUCGAUGGGCUGUGACGUGGUGCACAUUCCCACAUCGAGCGGACAGUCGGCUGCCCAGAAUAUGAUGGGACCAAUUUCCAGUAACUCCACCGCCUCGUCAUCGUCCUCGCAGUCGGGCAAAAUAUCGCCGGGCGUGAAUGUGACUUCGCUGUGCGCAAAGCCAUGACCCCAAUCGUCACCAUGUGCGUCCCCAGAUCCGACGGCGAUGGUUAACCAUGGCGCAGCAGCGGGAGGAGUAGCCUCCCCAAUCUCUGCCUUUCGCUCCCUAAUUGCUUUUCGGGAGCAACAUCUGCAGCAGCAGACGCCAAAGCUGACGCUGCUGCGGCCAUAAUGGGGCUGUCGCUGAUCGCCUACUGAUCGCAGGAACCGGGCAAAGGAAAGGUAUCAUAAAUAAUACACUUUCGGACAAUAAUUUACAAUGUGAUUAUUCGGUAUUUUGAUUAAAGCCGCUUUAUACCAAAUAGCAAGCAACAAAAGAAAGAAAACCAGCUGAAACAUGGCGCGGUUCGGGCAUUUGGCAUUGAGAGAAAGAAACCCAAAUCCCAACCGCCGCUGCACCACCCUUCCUACCCCUGACGUUGUGCAAUUUUUUGUGGAGAACGAUAGUCCAAAAAUCAUUUGAAACUAAUUUAAUUUUAAUUAAAUACACACACACAAACCAACACACACACACACACACACUUAUGCAAUCAGAGCUUAUAGGAUGUAAAUUUUUGAGAAAAUAUAGCAGGGGGCGACCAUCAUCAAUGAGAAAAAAUAAAUAAACUACUCGACAAAACUAAAAAAAAAAACAUAACCAAAAGAAAGAAGGGAGUAAUAAAAAGAGACACCCCUUAGAACAGCUUAUAGAGGUGCACUUUCUACCCAUCUAUAACUGUCAGUUAAUCAAUUUUAUGAUUUUAAUUUGAGUUAGUUCUAAGCUUGGGCUUAGUUUUGGUGGCUAGCUCAUUGCGGAACUUCUAAAGGAAACCUGGCGGGUUAGGACAUAAAACAUAUCAACCAGAAGCGAUCACUUAUCAUCAGUCCAGAGUCCAGGGUCCAGUCCGAGAGCCCCGAGCCUUAACCCCAAGCCAAAUGUACACGAGCAAUCAUUGAUUUUUAGCAGCUGUUAUCGUAUUGUUUUUAUCGUCUUAAGUUUUUUGAAAAAAUUGUUCCUGUCGUUUGUAAACAUAAUUUAUUCUACUUAAUGUGUACCAUAAUUUUCGUCUGUAGUGUCUGUAAUUAUUUCCUAAACUAUAGAUCUAUGUACGAUGUACGAUGUACGAUGUACGAGUAUUCGAUGUACGUAUGUAUGCACAAGUUGUAAGUAUGUAAGCUCGCGUAAUUAUAGCUCCCUAAGCGUAUAGUGUAAAUUAGUAAA